AUGUGCAAGAAAGAUUUGACAUCGCAAACCAGUUUAAGAGACAAGAUCAGUUACCGGCUCUAUAGACAUAAUAUAUCAUCCAAAAAAGUUGCAACAAUGACAGAUUUUAACAUUACGGAGACGUAUCUAAAGUUUUUGGAAGAGGAUGCCGAAAUGACUAUGCCAAUCGCUGCAAUCGAAUCCUUGGUCACAUUGUUAAGAGUGAAAAAUCCAGAAACGGCAGCUGAAAUGAUCACUACGAUAAAGAAUUCUACCGCCGAACUGAUUGAGACCAUUCCAAACUCCGUCUCUUUGAGAGCAGGGUGUGAUAUCUUCAUGAGAUUCGUCUUGAGAAAUUUACAUCUUUACGGUGAUUGGGAAAGUUGUAAACAGCAUCUUAUAGAAAAUGGUCAGCUUUUCGUUUCCAGAGCAAAGAGAUCUCGUGAUAAGAUUGCCAAGAUUGGUGUUGAUUUCAUAUCUGAUGAUGAUAUUAUCUUGGUUCAUGGAUUCUCCAGAGCUGUCUUUUCGUUAUUAAAUCAUGCCGCCAAAAACUUAAUUAGAUUCAGAUGUGUCGUGACUGAAUCGAGACCCACUCAACAGGGGAGACAGUUAUAUUCUUUAUUAGAGGAAAAAGGAAUACCUGUAACUAUGGUUGUGGAUAGUGCAGUGGGAACUGUCAUCGAUAAAGUAGAUAAAGUCUUUGUUGGUGCCGAAGGUGUGGCAGAAAGUGGUGGUAUCAUAAAUCUGGUUGGUACUUAUUCUGUUGGUGUUCUUGCUCAAAAUGCUAGAAAACCAUUCUACGUUGUUACAGAAAGUCAUAAGUUUGUGCGUAUGUUCCCUUUAUCAUCAGACGACUUACCAAUGACUGGUGAAUCCUUAGAUUUCUCACGCCGUAAAGAUAAUUCCCAAGACGUUCUACGUGGCCCAACGAUCGAUUAUACUGCUCAAGAAUAUAUUACAGCAUUGAUAACGGAUUUGGGUGUUUUAACGCCAAGUGCAGUUUCAGAGGAAUUGAUUAAGAUGUGGUAUGAUUAA